AGUUUGCAAACAUUUCAAAACUCCGAUAACAAUUAUCGAAGCAAGCAGUGCUACCAACUUCAAACAGAGCGCUCAGUUUUUGUAUUGCAGUUAUAAACAGUUUUAUUGUAUUAUAUUUUAUGAAUAAUAAGAAACACGAAAUGAAACGCAGAAGUUCGUUCAAAACAUUUACGCCAAAAGAUGGUAAGGAUGCGGUGGGCACGACAACAAAAUCCAGUAGAAGAAUUAGCUUUAGCGAAAAAAAAUCUGUUAGAUUGUUUUUUGGCGAAGAAAUGCCAAAAACAUGGAAUAAAACAUAUGAAGAAUCGGAUCGUGUUGAUAGUUCUGGAAGCAGUAAUCUGAUUACGACAAAUGUAUGUUCGAAAAUAAAUGAACCUGAUCUCGACACAUUCAGUGCGAAUAAAGAAAAUAUCAAAUUGGAUAACAUUCCAACAAGGAGUAGCAAUUCAUUAACAGAAAAUAAUUCGGUAAACAACACAGUAGAUUCCAUAAACAAGACACAACAACAGAGUACCGUUUAUAUAAAUAAUACUUUGGAUAUCACUUUAUUACCGAGGGAGAAAUUCAUAAAAAAGAACAAACCCAAUCUUAGUUUCACGCUAGAUGAAGAAGAAAUUAAACUCUUGCAAAAUAUGAGGAACCAGAAAGAAAAUCAGGAACCAAGCAAACCUAUUUCGGAAAAAAAACAAUUGGAAAAUUUAUUGAGAAAUACAUUUGUGGAGCAGGCGGAGACUAUACAUAGUUUAAUAUGCCCAAAUAAACCCACAAAUAGUAAUUUGAAUGAAAUUAUAAAUAAUACAGUACGAGAAGUGAAAGAUAUUGAAUUAAGCAUGAGCUUUGAUGAUAGCACGGAAACUACACCUGUUUUAGUGCCAGAGAGAAAGACUAAGCCAAUAUAUACACCAUUUAAAAGCAAAGAUCAUAUUGGAUCAGAUACUCUUAAUAUGGAUAUAUCUGCAGCUAUUGAAUAUUUUGAUGAAAAAUUGAACCGAAUGUCAUUUAAAUCGGAUUCUGAUCAAAGUUCCGAUUUUGAAGUAAAUUUUAAUAAAAAUCUUUGCGAUGAAAAACAAAAGAUGGAAAUGUCGAACAAUGUACUUGGUGGAAGUAAUCGCAGAACUAUAUAUUGUAAUGAAAAUAUAGUUCCAGAGACAAAUGUGGAUUUGUGCUUAGCGAACGCGAAUAUACAAAAAACAAUUGCGUUUGAAGAAAAACUAAAUGAUAUGAGUAUUAGUUUCACUUGUAUAAAUUCAGGAGAAGUUCAACCUCUGCAGAACUUUGCUAAAGCGACCGAUAUUGUAAAAGAACCAAUAGUUCAAACGAAGGAUUUAAGCAAUCGUCUUACUUGUACAAGUACAGAAACAGCUGCAGCAGUGCAAAUUUCUGCCCCUGCUAUCGAUAUUAUAGAUGAACCAAUAGUUAGUAAAAUUGCACUUAAAAGCGGAAGUUUAAUAACACGCAAGACAUUUAAAAGUAAUUUACGAGGAGGAACUCCAGCCAGUAAUAAAAAACAGCGAUAUCAGAAAAAGCAGGAGGAAAUACAAGAUGAUGAAAAUGAAAAUAUUAGGCCUGCAGACAUAAAAACUGCAUUUGAUGAAGGAAAUCCUCUUGAAAGUUUUACAUCUAACUUAAGUCUUUCGUCACCAAUUUUACCACCGGAAUUAAUGUGUUACAGAAAAAUGAAUUUAAAGCAGUUAAAUAGUAAUUUCGAGAGCGGCAAAAUAACUUUAAAAUGUAGAAAUCCUGUAGAACAAAACUCGCUGAAACAAGUUGGAAGAAAACUCUUUUCUCCUCUCAAACAAGAGUCUGAUUCAAUGAAAAUCACUGAUAAUGAAAUGAUAUCGCCCAAAAAACAAAAUACUAAUGAUCGCAGUGUACCAGCUCAAAAAUGUCAAAAAGUAAAAAAUUCUUUAUUGGAUUUAAAUGAAAAAACAAAGCAAGAAGAGAAUUUCUGCGAGCUUAGCAUGUUUGAUGUAGACGACGCGGACUUUGCUAUGAAGACUUUAAAUGAGAACCAAGGUCAUCUACAGUUAACAGUAAAUAAAGAAGAACGUGUAAUGGAAAAUAUAAGUUGUGAAGAUAAUUGUGAAGAUGAGAUGGAUAUAUGUUAUGUUAGGAGUCCAACUACUCAGCGUGAGAUUAAUAAGGAAUCUGCCAAUGCACUGAAACAUAUGUUUGUUACUGAAAAAAAAGAUGAUUUGUCACAAAGUUUUGAUUCCUUACAAAUAGAUAACUCCAUGAAACUGCUAAAUAAACAAAAGUUUACACCUGAAGAUGAUACUAAAAAAGAUUUUAAAAAUAAUAACAGUUAUAAGCAACAAUUAUUGAAAACAAAAGAGGAGACUGAAACUAAACAAAGAAAAACCAUACAUUUUUCAGAUCAAAUCAGCUUGGAUGAUCAGAUUGAGCCAUUUAGUGAGACGCAAUAUUUAUUAGGAAACUUUUGUGAAAAAUUGCAUUCUCCGAAUCAACUCCAACAGCGGCACACAAUUUUUUUUAAAGAUGGACUGAAUUUAGAGUUUGAAUCAAAUCAAAGAAAUAAUGAGAAAAAUAAUUCGAAAAGAGCAGAAGUAAUGCCAAUGCUAAGUGAAACACAAUACUUACUUGAAGAUAUAAAUGAUAUAGAUACAGAAUUUUCUCCAAUUAACUGUAAACCAAACAAAGUCACCAAAGCAUUGGAAGAGAAAACUAUUUGUUUUACAAAAGAGUCGAAUAUAGAAAUUGGAAAUGAUAAAGAUUCAGUCGUGAAACAUCAUUCUUCAGAUAUAAAAGAAGAAUCAUUUAUAAUGAAUAUUCAGUCUCCCACUGAAUCCAAAGAAAUAUUAGUAAAUAAUAUGAAAGAUAAAUUUAAAAAUAAUUUGAAGAAUACCCCUAAAAGGCAAACAAUGUUUUUUUUGGAAAAUUCCAGUUUAGAUAUGGAAGAUGUUAUAAGUGAUAAUAAAAAAUGUCGGUCAUCUAAAGCUGUAGCCUUUCUUCCCCAUAAAACACAAAUUUUAGAAGAUAGUAUAGAUGAGGCUCAAACCGCAACCCCUCCCAUAGAAGUAUUAAGCUUAUCCAAAAACAAAGUCAAACGUAAGACUAUUAUUUUUGCAGAUGAAGCUAUUGAGAAUACUAAAAAUAUUUUAAAUAAAAGGGAUGAUUAUAUAUUACCAAAAAACUCUAUAAAAUUAAAGAUGCCAAAGGUUUUUUCGAUUGAAACACCACAUAAGUCACUUAUUGAAUUUGAAGAUAUAGAAAAGGAAUGUGCUGAAGAUAUAUCAUACGUAUGCAUGCAACAAGAGGAAUCCAGUAAAAUGGUGCAAUGUAAUAAAAUUAUGACCAAACGACAAACAACUUAUGAAAAUACAGAACUAGAAGUUUCAGGUUUACAACUAAUUAAUAAUUUUGAAGUUACUUCUUUACCUGCUACCAGUCCGGUUGUACUUAAGAAACGCUUUACUGAAUGUAUAACACCCAAUUUUCCAAAUCCUAAAAAACGUCAAACCAUGUUAUUUCAUGACAAUAUGGAUAUUGACGGUGAUACAACAACUGAAAGUAAUACGAUUCCAAAUUCUACUAGAAGAAAUACUGUUGUUUUCAAUAAGGAUAUUUCUAUGAAUGAUGAUGUUCAUAAUAAAAGUGAUGAAAAUAAGAAUACAAAGACUGCAAUUGAAGGUUUAAACAUAACUUCAUUUGAAUUAAAGAGUGAAUCUGACAAAUUAGGUUCUGUAAGCAAGAAAAGCGUGGAAACUCCAUUGCAGAAUGACUGUAAUCAACAAGAGUGUAUUGUGCUGUCUUCUCCUAGUUGGUUGUGUAUAUCAAAUACAACUGAUGCAAAUGCAUCGAAUGAGAGUUUAGUAAAUGAUGAAUUGGUGGAAGAAAUACCAGAAAAAAGCUUAACAUUUGAAGAUGAGACAAUGGGUUGUAAAUCUUUAGACGUCAGUAUGGAAAACGUUAUUGCAAAUGAAUCAAACUUCACACCAACAGCAAAAUUAAAGUCACGUAUUCCGAUUCCUGUUAAUAGUGAAGUGAAAAAUAAUUCCAUUGGGUUAACUUCGCUGACUACAAAUUGUGAAAAAACUUACACAAACUCUUCUCUUGCUCCUAUUGAAAUUGCACGAAAAACAAACAUUCAAAGAAAAGACAGUAUAUUUGAGUUAUUAGAAAAUGAUACUAUAUUGCUUGAAGACACUAAAAUGCCAGAAGAUAAUUUAAUAUUGGAAGAGAAUGCUAUCACAAUCACUGAUGUAUCUCAAUACCCAUUAAGGCGUACCAAUAUUGAUAAUAUAACAGUUUGUGAUUCAGAAAUUGUAGAUAAAAUACAUUUGAGUCUUGUAGAUACAUAUCUCGAUGACAUAACAAAUAAUAAAGAGAAUAAGAGCGUAAACACUGAAGACGUAAAAUUAAAAAAUAUUGAUGACAAGAAUUGUGAUUUAGAAAGCAGAAAUAAUCAUGUUUCAAUAAAGAGAAGAUCUGUUUGUCGAAAAUGUAGAAAUUGUCAUGAGACUAUGGUCAGCGAUACAACCACGUUGGCGGUAUCAUUUGAGUUACCCGAAUUUCUUCCCCUGCCAACAAUGGAACGUUUAAAAAAACUAAGGUCCACCAAGCGUCCAACAAUUGAUGAUAUGGUAGAAUAUAAUCGUAGAAUGUCACUUAAUGACUCUUUUGAUAUUGAACAUUUAUCGGCAAUUGAUGUUGAUGUGGAUGAGGAAGAGGAGGCCAACUAUGUGGAUGAAGCAGAUGAAAUAAUCAAAGCAUACGAGAACAAGAUGGAAAGUGCCAGACAGGAGUAUCUUCAACUUAAAGCUGAAAGAUUAAUGAAAGAUCGUCGGUCGUUUGUUGAACGUUUGGAUGAUAAACUAAACGAAAUUGCAAAAGAUUGGAUAUUUAAUUAUCAAAAUCUUAAUUUAUAUCAAUUUAAUCACAAAAAAGUAACAAUUUUUUGCUUGGAGGUAGCAUAUAAUGAAACCAAUUUGAGUCGUGGCAUUGAGAUUGAAUCAAUUAAAGUUAAAGACAAUAAUUUUUGGCCAAAAAAAAAUUGGUUACCUAUAGACUAUGUCAUCAACUUUCAACUAAAGCUGGAACUACCAUAUGAUUUACGCAAUUGGUGCAAGAGUCAUGAGGAAAUGAUCAUAUUAAAUAUGUUGGUAAAAGUCGAUGAUGUGUGUCAAGAUAUUUCAAAAAUGAUUCGGAAAUUGUGGUAUAUUCUUUUUACCCAAAAUGCUAAUCUUAUCAGAGAUGAUAAUAAAAUUUGUGUAGAGAAAAUAUUAAGAAGAGUAGAAGCGUACAAAGUACAAAAGUCUAAAUUUCUUAUAGAAAUUACUAAUCUAAGAAAACUGUGUUUUAGAGAUAUUGUAUAUCCGCCACUACACAUGUUUCAUGAAGAAAUUCAAUCAUUACCUUGCGGAUUGGAUUUUUUGAAUGCAUUUCUUGAGAAUCCUGCUGAAUUUAAACGGACUUAGGAUUUUAAACUUAAAUUUUUGUUAAUUAGUUUGUUUUUUUCUUAUUUUAUUGUUUUAUUUUUACCUAAAAUUGCGUCGAUGUUGUAUAGUCCUUUUGUCAUCUUUAUAGCUUUUGUGCAUCCAUAGCAACAAUUUUGAUUGUUAUUUUUAUUGUAAUUUAAUUGUAAAAGUUAAUUCAUUUUAUCGAUUUGCAUAAAGAAUACAUAAAUUUAAAAUGGAAUAUUGAAAAAUGAAUAAAUUCAAUUCACCAAGCUCCAAUAAUAGUGGAGCUUCUUCCGAAACCAGUGAAUCACAAAGUGUUGAGGAUGCUAAUGCAAGUGCUGGUGUCACAACUGAUGCAAUAAGUACAACUGCAACAAAAUUAA